GACACGUGAGGGAGGAGGGGGCAGCGCGGCGGCGGCAGGAGUUUCCCCGACAGCUGGGGGUUGCGGCGGCGGCUCCUCCUCCCCGGGUCCCCGUUAGAGGCUGCGAGCCCCCCGCCCGCGCUGCUCCUUGUUGACAAAUACACAAAGGGCCGCGCCGGGGCCGGGCUGGGCACGCGUCUGGAGCCGGCAUGGGAGACAAGAAGAGCCCGACCAGGCCGAAGCGGCAGCCGAAACCCUCCUCGGACGAGGGCUACUGGGACUGCAGCGUCUGCACCUUCCGCAACAGCGCCGAGGCCUUCAAGUGCAUGAUGUGCGACGUGAGGAAGGGCACCUCCACACGGAAACCUCGGCCUGUCUCUCAGCUGGUUGCACAACAGGUUCCUCAGCAAUUCAUGCCCCCUGCGCAAUCAAAGAAAGAGAAGAAAGACAAAGUAGAAAAGGAAAAAAGUGAAAAGGAAACAACUAGCAAAAAGAACAGUCAUAAGAAAACCAGGCCACGAUUGAAAAAUGUGGAUCGGAGUAGUGCUCAGCAUUUGGAAGUUACCGUUGGAGAUCUGACAGUCAUAAUUACAGACUUUAAGGAGAAAACUAAGUCACCACCUGCUUCUAGUGCUGCUUCUGCAGAUCAACACAGUCAGAGUGGUUCUAGCUCUGACAACACAGAGAGGGGAAUGUCCAGGUCAUCUUCACCCAGAGGAGAAGCUUCAUCGCUGAAUGGAGAAUCUCAUUAAAGUUUAUUUCCUCCAGUUUCUUUAGUCUCUUCUCUUUAAAACAUGCAAAUACAUAACUUCUGCCACCUGUUACCACAUUUUCAUGACAGAUUAUCCAUGCACAAUUGGUAUGUUUACUGGAACAUAAUUUAUGCAGUUUAAAAAAAGAGAAAAAAAGUGCAGUGGUAGAAAUAAUUUAAAUGCAAUCUAAAAAUGCUUACAAAGCAUUUUCAGACCAACUUUUUAAUCUUCGUGUGUAAAGGUGCCAUGAAAAUGUGGUUUGAAUGUUCAUAUGCAGUGUUACUGGUAAGUCCAUUUUCACUUUUAGUUUAGUGAAUUCUAACAACUCUUGGAGUAUCUACUAUUGGCAUGUACUGAAUUUAAAUUUUUAUAACAUAGUUCAAGCUGCCUAAAUAUGUAUUAUUUGAGAAUUGUGAAACAUAGUUAUAUGUAUGCAAGUCAAAGAUCAACUUAAUCAACUAUUGCUGCAACAGAAUUUUCAUAAUAAUUAUCUUCUUAAAAAACACCUGCUGGUACUUGGUGUGGUUAAAUAGGAAAAAUGUUAUUAAAUAAAACAUUUGUAUGAAUUUUUGCCAAUGUUUGACACAUUUUACUAGAUUACUGUUAAUGAAUUAUGUUGAUGGUUUUACCAAUAUUUUUUCACACUUAAAACACUUAUUGUAAUGUUUACAAGCAAAAUAGAAAACACAUUCUAAACAUCGAUUGGUUAACUUUACAAUUCAGGUGAAGUACUACAUUGUCAUUGUACACUGGUUUUCUAUGUUGUGUAACAAAUAUUGAACCUCAGAUGACUAAGCAUUUGGCAAAAACUAACAUUGGAAGUAUGAAAGUUUGGAAAAGCUUUAAAAAUAACUGAAGUGCAGUUCUCAUUUCUGCUUAGUGCUGUUUCCUUGCCCCAGAUUUACCUAGUGUCAUAGAGUCAGUUACCAUUUCAUUACAGAAAUAUCAGAUGUUGCACAAGAAUAAGGAAAUAAUACUUUAUUUUUUUUAAAUUUUGAAUCAACUUCUUUUGAUUUGGCCUAUUAGAGAAUAUUAUGUCAUAAAUUAUACAAAAAAGCCUCAGUAUCCUACUUUAUGGCAUAAACUGUCAACAUUUACACACUUAGCAAUAUACUGAUGCAGAGCAGAACUAUCUACAAUCCCAUCUGGUAUUAUGUAAAAUUACCAAUAAAAUAUUUUUGUGAAUACAGAUUUUUGCAUUUUUGUUUACAGCCAAUAAGUGUUUUGAUACACACGCAUCCAAUCCAUGUAUAGAUUUAAAUUAUAGAUUCAGGUUCAGUACAGAAGUCCAUUUAGCUCCUUCUAGUGAGGUAGUCCACUUACACUCCUGUGAUUCUUUUCUUUUUCUUUCAAAAUAUAUAUUUUUAAGCCCAUGUAAAAAUUGGAUGGACUUUCUUGAAUUCAGCCCUAAAUUAUUACCAACAUGUGGUACAUCUUUGUAACAGCUAAAGCAAUGGAUUUUUGUAGCCCCUGACAAUUGUGGUGUUUGGUGGUUUCUUGUAGUAAUGUAUUUUUCUGUUUUUAAUGCAGUACUUCUACAGGCACAACAGUACUGUUCUAUUUUGUAAGAUGCUAGUUGUGAAAUACAGUUAGUUGCAUAAAA